AUCACUUAUGCAGUUAGGGUUGUAGACGCAUGUUAUGUCUGCAAACUGGUCAAAGCAACCCCACCCUCAUCCAACAGUGGCUGGGAUAGGCUCCAGCAUCCCCGUGACCCCGGCAGGGAUGAGGCAGGUUUAGAAAAUGGAUCAAUGGAUGGAUGAAACAGACAGACGGAUGGAUCAACAGUUGAACAACUUUUUUGAUCUUUAUGAGCAGUAUUUCUGAAUAUAGACUGAAGGCCAAGGGUAAAAACAGAUGUUCAUACCCAUACAGGAAGCCCUGUGAAGUGUUGUGCGUCUGUGUGAGUCUGUGCCUGAGCAUAAGCUCAUGGUGUCUCCCUGCAGCAGAGCAGAGGGGUGGGAGCCAUGUUGAAUAAUGUAUAGAUGCUUGGGUUGUGGACUCAUUGGGAGUGAAUAAUGGAUGAUCCCAUCACGGGUACCCACUUAUCUUUCUCUCACCCACAUCAGCUAUGCGUGUGUGGAGGGGGAGCGCGCACACAGCGUUGGAAGCAUUAAGUGUUUACAGUUUUAUCCGCAAAGCUUUAUCCCGUCCUCAGUCAUGUAAAUACCAGAGCUCAGCAAAGUUCAGUGAUAUCGUAAACUUCGGGAGCUGCAGCGUUUGCUGACAUGUCCAGUGGAAUUGAAGGAGUUGCUCAGGAGAGCGACCUUUUACGCCACACAAUUACUGAUCAGAUACAAAAGGUGUUUUGAUCACAGCAGCCUGGGAACAGUGUUGAAAUGCGGCGCUCAGACUCUGGCCUGGUGUCACAUUUCUGGGCUGGAAUUUGAGAUCACACAGUUGCGUCUGCCUGAAAGAGUGAUAAAAUGUCUUCACACCGGCAGCAUCGGCGAACGUUGAACCCUUCUGUUGUGAUCCGAGGAUGUGGACAGGCGCACGGUUCAGCGGGGAACAGUGUGCGACCUGCUGAAGCUCCCCCCGCCACUGCUGCGGUCAUUGAUACGCAGAGGGCUUUAGAUCGGUGGCUGCUUUGGCAUAUCCUCUGACAGAUACGUUAUUACUCAUCAGCCACAGUUCCGCAGAUUGUAUUUCAAGUGUUGGGAAGCUCCUGAGUGGCUCAGGAGGCGUUUAUGUCACGGGUCCGUCUGCCUCAGAGGAGAGUCCGGCUGAGUGCUGACCGAGAACACACCUGAACGUCAUCGUAAAGCAGUGAAGACCGACAGCCAAAAAAUGUCCCACCAAACUGGAAUUGAUGCAACGUCUGAAUUGAAGGACUUCCUGGCGCAAGCGAGAGGAGGAUCCAUCCGAAUCAUGAAGAUUAUCAUCAGAAACGAGGAGUUGGUUCUAGACUCAUGCAGGGAGCCGGUCCACAGCUGGGAGAAGGACUACGACCAGUUUCUGCUACCUCUGCUCACACCGCAGCAGCCGUGCUACAUCCUCUACCGGCUGGACUCCAAGAACUCGCAGGGAUACGAGUGGAUCUUCAUCUCAUGGUCUCCUGAUCACUCACCUGUCAGGCAAAAGAUGAUGUACGCUGCCACCCGUGCCACACUGAAGAAGGAGUUUGGAGGAGGCCACAUCAAAGACGAGAUGUUUGGUACUGUUGAGGAUGACCUGUGCCUCCAGGGUUACCUGCGACAUAAGUCCUCCUGCUCGUCUCCAGCUCCACUGACAGCGGCUGAGCAGGAGCUACAGCGAAUCAGAGCCACAGAGGAUAAAGUGGUGUGGGACGAGCGCAGACGGAUUGGGACUCCCACAGCCCGGGCGAGGGUCACUAUGGAAUUUGGCUUAGAUAAGAGAGCGCAGACUCUUCAGGGUCUGUCAUUUCCUUUACAAGACGAGGCCAGACGAGCUCUGCAGCAGCUGAAGCUCAAACGCAUCAACUACAUCCAGCUGAGGCUGGAUGUUGAGAAAGAGACCAUCGAGCUGGUUCACACCAAACCAACAGAAAUCCACGAGCUUCCCUUCAGGAUUCCCACAGAUUCCCCAAGAUACCACUUCUUUGUCUUCAAACAUUCCCACCAAGGCCAGCGGGAUGAGGCUCUCGUGUUCAUAUACUCAAUGCCCGGAUACAUGUGCAGCAUCAAGGAGCGGAUGUUGUACUCCAGCUGCAAGAACAGGCUACUGGAUGAGGUGGAGAGGGACUAUCAGCUGGAAGUCACCAAGAAGAUGGAGAUAGACAGUGGUGACGGCCUGACAGAGGAAUUCCUGUAUGAAGAGGUUCAUCCCAUGGAGCACACCUUAAAACAGGUCUUUGCUAAACCUCGAGGACCUGGAGGGAAAAGAGGCAACAAGCGGCUCAUCAAGGGCGCCGGAGAGAACAGAGAGGAUAAUUAGAACCAAACAGAAAUCAAGAUGUUUCAGAAUUGAAUGGUUAUUUGACUGUUUCACUUUUAUUUUGACACAGCAGCAUUUCACAGCUAGAUAGGGAGAAUACAAAACCAGCGUAAAUCGAUGAUGGUUCUCUUUUUGGUGAGACAUGGUCAUGCAGAGGAAGCCCUGUUGUCACCUUGGAAGUCGUCUUAAACGAGUUGAUUUUCCUUUUUGCUCUACAGCCAAAUGAUUCGCAAAUAAACAGAAAAUCCUUGGAAUUAGAAGCGCCGUUCUGCAACGUCCUCGUUGUUUCUUCCAAAGUCUUGUUAAGCAUUAAACAAAAGAUAGUAGAGUAUCGGAAAACAUCCUACUGCUUUUAUUUCCUCUGGUUUCUUUGGAUGUAGUCUUCCUGAUGAUAGGGGUCUGUUUUAGUUGUCACCACACAGGAUGAAAGGUGUGCACCUUGAGAUUCUGCUCCAAAUUUGUGGACACUGUUGACCUUUAGGAUGGACAUGGGUGAUGGUGUGUCAGCUGGAAGAGCAGGUUUUUCACUGAUCACAGAGUUUUUCAGCUGCUGAGUGUCUUUGGACAAAGUAGAGCUACUCCUAGUGGCACCGGGUUGCAUUGCAACUUUGUGUGGAAUUAAAUAUAAUGCAGUAUAGUUUGUGAGCCCUGCUUGAAUUAUGCUGUUGCUUUGCUCCAACUUAAACCCUCUGACGUCAUCUUGCCAUUUCUUUCCUUUAACCAUUAACAAUUAUUUUACUAAAGUUUUGGUCCAUUCCUAGAAAGUUCAAGAAUUGUUAUCAGAAGUAUAAUUUUUAGGAUUUAAAAUUCCUCUUGUUCAGACACAAACAGCAGCUGUUUAGCAUAAAGGCUGUCUAAAAUGUGUGUAUAAUUUUGACUUACAGUGGACAACAAAUAUUUAUUUAAAAAUUGUGAAAUUGACAAAGAAAACAUGUCUGGGUACUUGAACACAAGAGGUGUCAUUUAAACCUUUAUUUCUGUUAAUUAAAAAAAUCAACACCAACAAAACUUUGUCUUGAUAUUUUCUUAUUUAAACAUCCGAAAUCCUCCAGUUGUUUUCUCCUAAGCCUUAUUAUUUUCUUUUUAACUUUACCUGCUGUGUUUAAAUGUGAGAAACGGGUGUUUUCAGGUGUUUUGCGCCUGCGCUCUGCAGGCCGAGUUUCUCCUGAA